AUGCGAAAAAGGAUUCAAGUCUUUUGGGUCUCCGCAACCUCUGUUUCUGCAAUAGUCUCUGCAGAUGUUAAGGCACGAGCAAAAGCUCUUGCUGAAGCGUGGAAGCCAAAACUCAAUGAACUUGACAUGGGAGCUGGCAGUGGAAACUCCUUGGAGGCUCAUGCAAUUUUACAACUUCUAGCUACUUUCUGUAUUACGUCUGAUUUCAACGCAGAAGAACUAACAAAACUAGUGCCUUUGGUGUCACGUCGUCGUCAAGCUGCUGAUCUCUGCCGCUCACUUGGGUUAUCUGACAAAAUGCCAGUAUGUACAAAGGGACGAGUGGAAGAAAAGGCAGAAGCAAGAAUGCCAGUUACGACUCUGUCUCCUCCAGAAGGAAACACUACAUUCCUGGAUACUACAUCUUGGUGUGUAGCAAUUCCUGGGGCCUCUCAGAUGGAUCUACAGGUAGCAUUAGAUUGGGCAUGUGGUGCCGGAAAUGCCAAUUGUGGUCCCAUCAAAUCCGGUAGACAGUGCUACGAGCCUAAUACAUUGGUGUCACACGCUUCCUACGCCUUCAACUCCUACUAUCAGCAGAAUGGUAACAAUGACAUUGCUUGCAACUUUGGUGGAACUGCUACAUUAACAAAUAAAGACCCAAGCUAUGAUAAAUGUUCCUACGCUGUGUCCAGGUCUCUAACCUCAUCAACCACAAAACUGGAUGUUCAUAAUGCAGAGAUGAGCAUUUUGAUAGUGUUAUGCAUGACAAUUUGGUUGAAGCUGUGAUUAUGAUAUGGAAAUGUAGGAUAACAUAUAAGAAUAAUUAGAUAAAGAGAAAUGGUUAACAAAUGCUUUGUCGAGUUCCACAUACGGAGUACGGACUACUUUUGAUUUGGAAAUUGUUAUUUUGUUAGACAAAUAUAUAUGCUUUACUUUGGAAGUAUGUCAAGAAUAUUUGACAUAGUAAUUGCCUUUUGUCCUGUUUAUUUAACUCUAAAAGAGUUGCUUCUCAUGCCCAAAAGCUCCUUUGUA